AUGUUACAACCGCAAUUGAGGGCGCCCUUGAGGCUCCUCGACGGACUUUUCGCCCAAUGCACAGCUCAAACCUCCGGACAAUGCUAUCGAUCGCAUUCGCAGUUCUCCCGACGAACCUUUAGCUCAAAGCCUCUCACACACUCUCUUAUUCAAUCUCAGUCGCGGCCUCAACAAUUGUCCAUCCUCUCGCAGCUUGGCCAGGUCCGAUACGCCUCCCACAACUCGCAAGGUAGCGGUGCCAACAAGCACUCCAGGAACUCGCCGGGACGAAGACUCGGGGCUAAAAAGACAGGCGGCCAGGCUGUCGUUACGGGGAAUAUCAUCUUCAGACAAAGAGGCACGAAAUGGUUUCCCGGUGAGAAUGUCGGGAUGGGAAGGGACCAUACGCUCUUUGCCCUUCAGAAAGGAUUCGUCAAGUAUUACAUGGACCCCGAGCGACAUCCUACGAGGAAAUAUAUCGGUGUUGUCUUCAACAAGGACGACAAACUGCCUACUCCGAAAAACGCAGUGACUAGAAGACGAUUGUCUAUGGUCGCUGUCCCAAGAAAGACCGAACCCCCCGUGGAUCAGCCGGAGGGUUCGUCAACGCCCGUCAAGUUGACGCUAGUUUCAUCUUCAGGACCCAGCUUCGGAUCCGGAUACAUGACUCGUGAAGCAAAUUGGGAGAUUGGACGGGCUGCUGUGAAAGCUGGAAUCAAGGUCGGGGAAUGGAAGCGAAAGGACCGCUGGACGGCUUGGAGACGGAAGCUGGAGAAGAUAAGGAGGGUUGCGCAGAUGAAGGAGCUAAAGAAGAAGAAGAAGAUCAAGGUGAAGAUCUGA